CGCGUCCUCACAGCACGAAGAAAAAACAUAGAACAAUGAACCUGUUACAUACAGACAUACUGGCGUGCUGCUUUGAAUCGUUCGUGCUCACGCAGAUCCAUGGAGACGAAGGCCAAGGACGCAUGGCGCCUGCCGCUGGUGCUCUUCCUCGGCCAGCUCGUGGCCUUCUCCAUGGCCGCCUGCAGCUUCGCCUCCUCUUUCAUUGCCAAUCUGGGAGUUGAUGCACCGCUCGCGCAAUCAUUCUGCACACAUCUCCUGUUGACCUUGGUUUAUGUGCCGAUCCUCCUGCGUCGACGGCAGAAGCUGCGAAUACCUUGGUAUUGGUACUUGGCGCUGGCCUUCGUCGAUGUCCAGGGGAACUACCUGGUUACCGAGGCGUACCAGUACUCAUCCAUCACCAGCGUAACGUUGUUGGAUUGUUGGACUGUUGUAUGGGUCAUCAUGCUCACCUGGUACGUGCUAGGCACAAGGUAUUCUUUCUGGCAAUUUCUGGGGGCAACCACCUGUGUGGCUGGGCUAGCGCUUGUGCUCCUUUCAGAUGCAAAAUCACCAGAUGCACAAGAUCCAGAUAAAAUGCCACUUCUAGGAGAUGCACUUGUCAUUGCCGGGACAGUUUGUUAUGCAUUUUCUAAUGUCGGGGAGGAACACUGCGUCAAGAAGAACGACAGAGUAGAACUUGUCGCGAUGCUUGGACUAUUUGGGAUGCUUGUCGGUACAAUUCAGAUACUUAUAUUCGAAAGGAAGAGCAUAGAAGCAAUUGCCUGGUCUCCAACAAUGAUAAGUUUGUUUGCAGGAUACGCCGUUGCAGGAUUUAUAUUCUACACCAUUACUCCUUUUGUCCUAAAGAUGAGUGGAGCAACAUUGUUUAACCUCUCACUCUUAACAUCUGACAUGUGGGCAGUCGCCAUUCGAGUAUAUUUCUAUCAACAACAGAUAAACUGGUUGUACUAUCUAGCAUUCACAGUCGUGGCCAUUGGGUUGAUCAUCUACUCACUAAAUGAGAGUUCUUCGGUCGAUGGAACAGCUACAAGUACAGAAGCAGCAGCUCACUAUCAACAACUUCCAAGUGAGGAUAACUCAACAGGAAGUGGUUCUAAUUUGGAUAGAGAAGAAAGGAAGCAACAAGAAGCUCACAUCUGUUAAGGGCGCCAAUGUACAAAGUCAGCUCCAUGGUUGCAACAUCAAAUUUCUUAUUGCGCCUGGGCUGUGACAUCCUUGCAAGUAAGGGCGGCUGCUCAGAAGAAGCAACAUAGAUUUCAUGUGCUAAGCCCUCUGCAGAUUCAUAAAGGAUCUCUAUAUCUUAGUCGACUGAGAAUCAACCAAUUCUCAGUUGAUUUUACUGAUUUGUUCAUGAAAAAUCUAAAACUAUGUUUACCAUGAUACAUAUCCUGUUCAUCUAGUGCAAAAAACUGCAGUGUUUGUUCUCAGAGUUAAGAAAUGUAUGAAAUCUUGCACGGAUCUCACUGUCA